AUGGCUGAGCUUAUUGACAAGUUGCGCAAUCUAGUAACAUCAAUGAGGGUUUCCCCAAAAAGAAUUCCGAAAUCAAAAAAAAUUCUGAUGGACCUUAAUUUGAGUAAUUCUAAAUUGCAAUACGAAGAGGAAGAACGCUCAUUGCGGAUGGAAAACGCCAUAAAUGAAAUCGCAAAAGAUCAGGAUCUUAGGAAGAAUGAAUUGCAACCGGGAGAAUGGGAGAUAGUGAAAGAAGUCUUCGAGUUUCUUAAAAGUUUCGCCAUCAUCACGACUUACACCGAGGCAACCAAGUACGCAGCGCUUUCCCUGGUGGUCCCUAUGUAUAAUAAGCUUCUGGAUCUCCUCGAAAAAGUGUCAACGGACCGAAGAAAACAUCCGUUGAUUCAAAAAGGGGUACAAGCUGGAUUGAGGAAAUUGUCGUCGUAUUACGACAAAUCCUCUCCUUUGGUAAUGACAGCGACAUUUAUGGAUCCACGUUGCAAAAUGAACUAUUUUUUGGUCAACGGCUGGAAUGUUGGCGCAGAGCUAACAAAUUCAUACUCAUCUCUUGAUGAAGACCUCAUUUCAACAAGAGUGAAACCAGCGAUUGCAGAUAUAUGGAGCAGCUACUCGUCAAUGCCGUUGUCAUCUGAAAUCUCCCAAAUGGAUAAUCCACUAAAUAUUAACCUUAACGAGGGUAACCGGACUGAAAAUAGGAAACCAUCGCAGUUUGACCAAAGUUUCAUUGCUGAUAUACUCUCCGGAUCUUCAAACAGCGUCGUCCAUACAAAAGAUGAAUUGAAAGAAUAUGAGGCGGAAGAGCUUGAACCAAGCAACUGUGAUCCUGAUGGCAUUCUACUGUAUUGGGCACAGAGGUCACGCAAAUGGCAGCGUUUAUCGUGCAUGGCGAGGGACAUCUUCACCAUUCCCACCACACACGCGUCCAGCGAAAGGGCGUUCAGCGUCGGGAAAGAUGUUUUCCGUAUAUCAAGAAUGAGUCUCAGCCCUGAAACCGUAGAAGCCUUAUUAUGUCUGCGCUCAUGGUACAGAGUAGGAUUGCUAGAAGAUGUGAAUGUCGAUGCAUUUAUUCGUGAAAUCGAGAAUGCGAUUGUUGAUGACAUUGAUAAUGAAGAACUAACUUACGCUCACAUGCAGUGUAAUUCGUUUUUUGUAGGUUGA